GAUCCAGACCAGUCCUUCCAGGAUGGGUGGUGAGAUAGGGGAGGUGUGAGAGGGUGAUAGGCAGGGUACGGCAUGGGGUGCAUGCAGAGCGUUGAAGGAGGGAUGGACGUGGUGCUUGACAUCACUCCCCAUAUAGGGCCCUCCCUUCUUUCUCCCCCUUUAUUCCCCCGUGGACACCUCCAGCGUCCUCCAGUGUCUCCCAAAGCCUGAGAAGACUCUUGAAGCUGCCGUUUUCUCCUUUGGCCAAGCCAAAUCUGACACCAUGGAGGCCAUCAAGAAGAAGAUGCAGAUGCUGAAGCUGGACAAGGAGAACGCCAUCGACAGGGCGGAGCAGGCUGAGACAGACAAGAAGGCAGCUGAGGACAAAUGCAAACAGCUGGAAGAAGAACUGCUCGACCUCCAGAAGAAGAUGAAGCAGACUGAGGAUGAAUUGGAUAAGUUCUCCGAAGGCCUGAAAGACGCUCAGGAAAAACUGGAACUGUCGGAAAAGAAAGCUGCAGAUGUAAGCUAAUAAACACACAUGCAUGCGCUGACAAGGUGAAU